UCCUGCAGACCUUGGGAAUCCAAACAAGAAGCAUCUGGUUAAAGCAUCUGUAAUCCAUCUGGCCUCUGUACUCGAACACAGAAAUGUGAAUGUGUUGUUGUGUUGCCUCAGCUGGUUGCCGUGUGCUGGUUGCUAGGAUACAGGCUGUUAUAUUGCAGCUCUUUGCAUUCCUCCAUUGAGUUCGGAACUUCUUUUAAGUGAGUGGUUCCUCAUCUCCAGGCAUCUGCACGAUUCUGCUCGUUAAGGCAAAUCUUACAUUAGAACAACUGCCUCUGUAUCUUCAGAGAAGAUGGGCCGUCUCCCACUAGGAGUUGUUUCUCCCUAUGUAAAAACAAGUUCAGGUGGAAGUAUGGAUCCUAUGAAAUUUUAUUGCACCAGUUAUGGCACAGCUUAUGGUCGGGAAGGGUUUCGUCCACGAACUGUUUUCCACUCUGGAGCUGGUUACAAAUCAAAUUACCGCCCAGUGGUUCAAUACAAACCAAGCCUCGAUAAAUUAGACAAUCCAGCUGUGGGGAAACUCCUUCAAGACAACUAUGAAUCAAUUGCUACUAAGCACUUCCAGCCUCAUGAGCUCCCAGAUGGGAAAUAUCCUCUACCCUGGAGUGUAUACCAGCCAGGGAGUGGCUAUGUCCGAGAAAAACCUCUUUCUUUUCCUCCCACGAAAACAGUCAAGCAAGUCCAUUUUGACACAGCAGAACAAGGAGCACAGGCCAUGACAGGGUUGGAGCCCAAACACAUCCCUGAUCUCCACAAAUCACUCGGAAAGAGCUCUGUUGAUGUGGAAAAUGCCAGACACGGGCCUCGCUACAUGUCCACAGAGUAUAGCUCAAAGUUCCGCUUCAACAUCCCAGGACAACCAGAUUUCUUGCAGAAGAAAACCAUUGGAGCCAAAGAAGAGACAGGAUUCACUGAAGGCUGCCUCGCUAACCCCAUUGUGGACAAACCAAUAUUUCAGGACAGUGUUCCAGCAGUCAGUAUUACGAAGACAGAUUAUCUGCCAUCUUCCUUUCCACGUGGCGAUGAGUUUCUACCAGUCCUUUCCAAGGGCUCAGAGAGGGGUUCUGGAUUUAGUCAGCAGAAGGAACUUGGCCUUGGUACUUCACUAGAUCCAGCAAGUGGAGAAGUACCUGGCCCCUUGAGCCAUUCUCAGUUCCAAGGUCUUCAGCAGCAACCUCGGACACAGAACAGGCUUCUAGGAAGGGAAUAUGUGGGUAACAAGGAACCAUCGGGUUUCAGCAUCAAUAACCACAGUUAUGUUGCACCUUCAUACGAUCCAGAUCUACCCAACAGAUUCCUAACUAGCUAUAACUCCAAGUUUUAUGAAAACAUUCCGAAGGGAGUAGAUAGGGAAGGCUGGACACGAGGAGGGAUCCAGCCUCAACAGGCAGGGGGCUUUGCUACCAACAACCAUGCUACUGACUUAGGCUCUGACCCCAAUGCGACAGAGACCUUGAGAACUGUCCAUCCUCAUGUUGGCAGGACAAUCACAACAGUUGAUCCAUUUUAUCGUGACUCUCCCCAUGACAGACGUUUUAUGGCUCUCCAUCAGACGACUGUACCCAAUUAACUUCACUUCUGAAAUGGAGAGCACUGUCUUCAGUCAGUGUCCUAUAUGCUAAGUAAGGUGCACCAGUGAUAAUGUUCCAUGUCACAUCAACUGUAUUUUAUGUCAAAGACUGUACUGUUCUGAAGAAAUUAAAGUGUACCUUGCUAAUAUAUCCCGAGACAUAUGUACAGAGUUGAAAUGGAGGUAUAAAGGUUUUGGGAAGUAAGGGUAGAUAUUAUUUUCACAUUGCAUCUGGGGAAGCUUUUAAUUCAGAAUCAGACGGAUGCCAUAAUGAUAGUACAAUCCCUAGCAGGAUGUGAUAGAACUUAAUGUAGUAAAGCUCCUGUAUGUGUCUUUGGCUGUAACACAUAGGUUCAAAAAUCCACAUGGCUGUUCAAGUAUUUAUGCUUUCAUGAAUUGUGCAAUAAACACCCAGAGAGUUGGA